ACUCCACUCUGCCGUGCACUGAGUCAGCGGCGGCCAUGCGCAAAUGGGCCCAGAGGAGGGCCGACUACAUAAAAUCCUUGCCGGGGUCGGGGGUCUCCAUUCACUGCUUACCAGAGAACUUAACCCAGCCCUUGGAGGUUCGACCUGCUUUCCUGACUUCUAAUCAACCGAGGAACACUGAGAAAAAGAGCCCAUUGGAGCCUCACAACUAGUCCCCUCCUCCUCCUCUCAUGACAAGGAUUUAGACAGCGGCGGCGGCGAUGCGGCAGCUGUGCUCCUAAAUCGCUAUUUUCGGCGUUGUGUUUUCAAAUUGUCGCCGGUUCCACCUCGAGCGAAGACCGCAUUCAAGAUGAAGCUGAAGCCCAACCAGACCCGGACGUACGACGGCGAGGGUUUUAAGAAGCGAGCGGCGUGCCUGUGCUUCAAGAACGAGCGCGAAGAGGAGGUGUUGUUGGUCAGCAGCAGUCGGCACCCGGACCAGUGGAUUGUCCCCGGAGGAGGGAUGGAGCCCGAGGAGGAGCCUUGUGGAGCGGCGGUGCGGGAAGUCUUUGAGGAGGCUGGUGUGAAGGGCAAGCUAGGACGCCUGCUUGGUGUGUUUGAGCAAAAUCAAGAUCGGAAGCACAGGACCUACGUGUACGUGCUGACCGUCACCGAGACGUUGGAGGCCUGGGAAGACUCGGUCAACAUAGGCCGCAAGCGCGAGUGGUUCACGGUGGACGAGGCCAUCAAAGUGCUGCAGAGCCACAAGCCCGUGCACGCCGAGUACCUGCGGAGGCUCCAGCAGCUCCAGCUCAGCUGCUCGCCCACCAACGGCAACUCCAUCCUGGCCAGCCCGCCGGCCAACGACAACUACCCGCACUACAGCGCCACGGCCACCACGCCCUCCGCGGGCAGCGUGCUGGCCUCCUCCCGCAGAUAGGACUCCUCUUUGAGACUUUUUUUUUUUUUUUUUUUUUGUACAGCCUCGCAUGGAACCGGGACUCUUCAGCAACUUGUGUAAAUAGUCUUAUCUGCUGGACGGACCAAAGCCAUUGCCGGAACUUGAGAAGGACUCAUGGCAACGCAGCAAACUCGCACGUUUUUCCUCACCGUGAUGAGCAAGAGGACGCCGUGGACUCCGUUGGCAUGCCUUACAGUACUUUGUAUGAAUGUUUUUGUUCUCUUUUUGGCACAGCACACACAAUCUGUGGUCAAUAAACGCAAAGCACGACCACGGCGGGAAUGUUUUCACACGCAAGGAUGGCUUUUAGUGCAUGGUGGCGACAUCAUCCACGGAGAUGGCGCUGUUUUUUUUUUCCCCAGUUUUUAUUCAUUAACUACUUUACGUCACUGCAAGUUGGCAAAAAAAAAAUGUUACAUUGCAUAGAGUAUUAAGGCCAUGUUGGAAUAUAUAAAGGGGUGGGGGGGAAAAAAGUCAUAUUUCAGGAAUCAACGUUUAAAAGUUGGACUAUUCUGAGUAAAAUCCUCAUCGUUUGUAAAAUGGAACAUUUCAUCAUUACAACGCACAUGCAAACAAUUUUAUUUAUUAUACUCAUAAUAACCCCUCAAGGGGAAGUCGCCUCACUCACCUAUUUUGUGCCACACAAUUUUCUUUUUUUUUUUUUUUUUUGCACAAAUGUAUAUGUGUUACAAAUAUACUUUAUAGAAGAAAGGAUAUCAGAUAGAAGAAAAUCUGGAAGUGUAUCACUUAAAAAUCUGCCUAUUUGUAAAGCACUUAAAAAAAAAAAAGUGCAGUACAGUGUUCCCCUGUUAUUCACGGGGUUUACGUUCCUUACACCCCCGCGAUUAAUGGACGCAGUAUUAAUACACACAAGUUACUUUGUCAGCAUGCAUGCCAACAUGUGUAUUAGCGUGUACGUAAGCUAACAUAUGAAGGCCCUCAGGAGGCAGUGAGCAACAAUUAAAUUUAACAUCCAUAAGAGCAGGCGGCACAGCGGUUCAGCUGGUAAAGCGUUGGCCUCAUGGUUCUGAAGACCCGGGUUCAAUCGCAGCCUCGCCUGUGUGGAGUUUGCGUGUUCUCCCUGAGCCUGCGUGGGUUUUCUCCUGGCACUCCCAUAUCCCAAAAACGUGCAACAUUAAGUGCACUCUAACACUCUAAAUUGCCCAUAGGUGUGAUUGUCAGUGCGGCUGUUCGUCUCGAUGUGUCUUGCGAUUAGCUCUCAACCAGUACAGGGUGUACCCCGCCUCUUGCCCAUUGACAGCUGGGAUAGGCUCCAGCACUCCCUGCGACCCUUGUGAGGAUAAGCGGCAAAGAAAAUGGAUGGAUGGAUCUAUAAGAACUAGAACGAGCAAAUAAUACAACAAACAAAAGAACGACUCCCGAAAUAAUUGACACAAAACAUGCUCUUUAAACGUUAUUUACAUCCUCCCAGCAUGCCUUGCGGCACUCAGGACCUACAUAGUACCGCAAGCGUUGCAUGCAUGCUAGCAGUGUAGCGUGUGUUUAAGUGCACUUUGUUUGUUUGUCACACAACAUAUGCAAAUGUCGGAACAUGAGGCGCACCACUUUGUAAUGCGCCAUGUCUAAUGUGGCGCCUCGUCUAUUUAGAAGAUAAUUUAAGACGUUUGCGAUCGUUAAAAUACGGUAAAUUUAAAACAAAACAAAAAAAAAAACUCAGACCAAAUUCCACGAAUAUGUAGAGCUGCAAAUGGUGAACACUGUACAUUAAAAAAAUGGAAUUAAAAAUAAAAUAACAAAAUGAUGGUGAUAAAAUAUUUUCAAAUUGAUCUAUCAUUGGCCUCAAAGCACAACCAGCCAAGUCAUGUUCAUGUUUUUUUGGGGAAAAAAAAAUAUCAAGUGCAGUGGUGUUUUUUUUUUUUUUUAUUAUUGGGUACCAAGUCAAGAAAAGAUGGCAAUUAAGCUAAUGAUAUAUUACUUUAAAAACAAACCCUUUCAGCACCUCAACCGUGUUUUUGACCAAACUGUCCUUAUGUUGGCUGCCUGCUGCUGUAAUCUCCAAACCUUAUUUUAAUUCUCCUUAUGCAGUAUUUUUCAGGACAACUGUUGCCUACUUACUUCUUUUUGUUGGUACACAAAUCGAAAGUACGGCCCAUGCUGGAUUGUACUUCUUGACUGCUAUUAUUAUUUCUGGGCCCUUGGUGUCCAGUUCAAAGGUCACACGAGGCUGUACCCGCUGUCUGUGAAUCGCUACCUCAGUCCGGAGAGAAAAACAAAGCAAAACAAAACAAGCAGAUGAGUCGGGGAUGCUGCCUGGUGACAACACCACCGCUGCGCUGGUCAUCGUUGACACUUUAUCCAGAGCGUCCGGCGAUGAUGUCGCGUGUGAAAAAGCCGCCUGGUUCCCACCUUUAAAACUAUUUGAAGGUCUUUGUCGUACAACGUGGGUGUUUGCCACGGGCUGCUUCCUGCUUGAGCGUUUACAUACACACACACAACUUUUUAGAUGGCCUUUGUUUUAACAUUGACACUCGCUAUAGCUGCUCUUGUUUUUAACGGUGUUAAUGGUGUUGCCCAGGAGGUUUUGAUACACUUUCUGCCCAGAAAAAAAAAAAAAAAAGUCAAAUAUAACACAGAAGCUGUAAAUUUGCUUCUGCUGACGGCUGAAUGACGACGCUCGAACUUGUCAAUGCCUUGGGAAUCAUAUUGGAAUUGUGUUUUUCACCGAAAUGAACCUGUACUCAACUGUUUUGUAUCUUUUUAGCGAUGUACAAAUAACUGGAGAACCCCCACGUACACACAUCAGGGCGCACACAUCCGCCGUGUGCUUUGUACAGUCCUGAGGAUGGUUUGGAUGUGUCUUUGCAGGAGCGAUUCAGCUCAUUAAAACUCACUAAAAGCAAUUUUUGGAAUAAAAAAAAAAAAAAAAAAAGGCAUUGACUCCAAACUCUAUUGGGAGAAUUUAAUUUUUCACUAUGAAGUCUCUCGCGGUUUACCGUCACUAAAAUGUUUCUAUAAACAUAUUCUUACAGAAGUGAAUUAUGUGCCAAAUUUGAACAUUUCAUGUAGACGUAGAGAAAAAUACGCUUUUAAUGAGUUCAUGUGGGGAGGGGGGGGAGGUGUUGAGACUGUACUUUUGAACUUCUGACUGAUGAAUGCUUUCUGCCAUGUUUUAGCACAUCGUAUGUUUAAAUGAAAUCCUCAAACUUUGCCUUUUCGGGCAAUUCUUGAAGCUUCGGUCACCCUAAAGUCCCAGAUGUGUUUAAUGUAAGCUGGUGCAAGCCUCAUUGAGGAAGCUUUUUUUUUUGUUUGUUUUUUUGGUCACACUUUGAAUGUUAAAUCAUAGGAAGCAGGUGAUGUCAUUGAUUGUUAUGCACGGUGAAGUGGAAAUUGACUGGAAAUAUUGUGGGGGGGGGGGUGGGUAAAAACAUUAA